AUGAAAAGAACAAAUUCCAGAGCAUCAUCAUCAAAUUCAAAGAAAGCCAAAACAUCAAAAACAACAACAUCAACUAGAAAUACCAAAAUAGCACAAAAAGAUGCCAUAUCUUCUUCAAAAUCAUCAAAAAGUAGGACAAGUACUCCUUCAAAGAAGGGAACAAAAACAACAACAUUCGAGGAUGAAUAUUCAUCAUACGACUCGGAAUCAUCCUAUGAUUGUUAUAUAUUGGGAGUGUUAGAAUCGGAUUCAUCAGAUUAUUCAUCAGAGGAAGAAGUUAAAGAAGUUGUCAUUCCGAAAAAACCACCAGAAGUUGUUGAUUUAAUUGACUCUUCUGAUGAAAAUAAUGAGGACAAAUAUUGGGAAAAAGUUGUUGUGAAGGAUGAAAAGCAAACAAAGAAUAACAAGAAGCAAAAAUUAAGAUGA